CCAGACUGAACGAGCGUUCUGAUGGUGAACAUUCAAUGUUACUUUUUUGGACUGUUUGUAUGUUUCGUAGACGUGAUUCAUUUUAAAGAAUGACUCGCCACCAUUUGUUGUCAAAUCAAAAAUAGUUUCAACUAUGCGUUUCCGGUUGCCAGAGGACAGUUCCUGUCACGUGACAUUGUUUUGACCCUAGCGUGUAGCUAUGUAGCAUCCGUCGAAAUGGCCCGAAACGAAGAGAAACAACAAGGACGGUUGAAUCGACUGUGGCUUCAGAGAGAAAGAGAAGAGGGACGCCUGAAGGAUCCAAAACCUCAGAGACCGAAGUUGUCAACACUGAAUUCUGCUUCCUCCGUUAAAAAAUGGAUACCGAGCAUCAAGAAAGAAAUGGAGUAUUGUUUACAGCAAUCCCAGCUUGCUCAUUACCCAGAGAGGAAGAUUGCAGAAUUCCACCUGCAGAUUGAAGCUUUGGAGAAGGAGUAUAAAAGUUUUAUUCGAAAACUGCAUCUACUGGACCCAACCUGCAAAGACCAUCCAUGGACCCCUCGAGCUUAUCGUAAAAGAAGAGCUGAGAUGCCUGAUUCCCAUAGUUUUGGUAAGGACCGUAAGGUUGGUGAAUCCCCAAUUGCAGUGAACAGCAAGUUUGACCCAGCAGUGCCAGUGACUGGUGAGGGGAUUGCAGUGAAUGAAAACCACGUUCAUCCUCCUUUUCACCCCAGCGUAGGGAUGCCAAAGACUGACCGUGAAGACCAGGACCAGCCUCUCAGCUUUGACCGGGCACGACUUGCGGUAGCCACCGCAUCAUUCAGAGGACCCUCAGACCCGCAAAGCCUCUCACAGUCUCAGAAAUUGACUCGGAUGCUGCAGUUAUCAUUGCCAAACCUCAAUAGCUUUUCUUCGGGUCAGACAUGUUAUGCUGAGAUUUGUGAAAGUACUGGACACAGAGAAAGCAAUGAUGCUAAAGCAAUGGAACCUCUCAUUGGACUGAAAAAUAGCACGAUGCAGCCCAACACCGUCCUUCAACCGACAGAACCAGACCAGAAGACUGACCAUGUCCUGGGGCUAGGUUGCUACUCCUCAUCCGAAGAGUCUGAUUGUGAGACGUGAAAUAAAUAAAGCAUUUCAACUUUAAACCUUUCCUCGU